CCAUCCCCUUGUCACCUGUUGCAUAGCAACCUAUGUGAAUGUAGUCUGUUGCGUUUGUUGAUGUCGUUCAAAGCAACCGCAACAGAAAACGCAACAAGUGACAUCGAGGAGAUGAAGUGCGUUGACUUUGGUAGAAGUGUGUCGGCGUGCGAGCUGAGCUUUAAACCGGCGGAGGGAUGCGUGAACCUGUGCGGGAUGUGUCCAUCCUGCGUGUUCGCCCCCGCACCGCCGGGCUCGGUUCAGUGUUUGUGGAGGGCGUCGGACGAGUUCAAGAGGAGGUUCGUCACGGAGCUGCUUUUACGGUGCAGAAACACCGGCGUCAUCGAGAGUAUCCAGAGUGUGUUGGGGGUCAAGUCGUGGACUUUGUACACGUACGCCAGGUCGAGGAGCCCGACCUCUCUCCAAGACUACACCCGCAGAAGCAGCAGCUCAGCCCGGGUUGGGCUGGAUGGGAGACCGCUCGGCUUGGACAUGAGAGGGAUCUGGGGCUGGUUCAACAGCAGCCCCGACUGGGUGAAAACACGGUAUCUGUGCCGUCUGUUCUCACUGUGUGACUCGGAGCUUCUGCGAAUGGUCGCUAAUUUGACCAGUGUGCUUCUGGUCAGACAGAAACGAGGGUUUCUACAAUUUAAUGUGAGUAGUCGCAAUACCAAUCAAGACUCAGAGGACCCUGCUCUUAUGGUGGUGCCUGGAUCUUUAAAGUCUCUGUCUGGAGUCAGCCGGUACCGAGACUUCAUAGGCUGCCUUCCUGUUGAUCUGUCAAAGAGGAUAUUAGGUCUGUUAGACGAGCACACUUUGAGGCGCUGCCAGAAGGUUUGUCGAUACUGGAAGCACCUUGCGCAGGAAACCAUGGAGGAAAUGAAGUUCAGAAGAACUUUUCAGGAUCAAAUCGAGGCAAUGAUGAAGAAGUGCAGUGGUGUGAAUAUAAUCAGUCCUACGUAUGCCAACAUUGUUGAAGUCCCUGUUCCUGUCAAUGAUGAUCAGAAAGUGGACAUUCAUCCCAGUGUCCAAAAGAUCGAACCAUUUGAAGAAGCUUACGCCAAACUCAAGACGGAGACGGUUCAAAUGGAGGAGCGAAAUGUUUACUGCGGUGCAUAUUUUACCACAGUCCUGCUGGACAAAGAAGACCCUCAUCGGGUGAUGGACUACAGAGGUGGAUCUUUUAUGGCCACAGGCUCCAAAGACCGUGCAGUGCAGCUGCUUUAUGUGGGCACAAAAAUAGAUGUUUUGUCAGUGAUGAAGGGUCAUGUUGGCAGCAUUCGGGCAGUGCUGCUCUGCGAGGACAGAGACCUAGUGAUAACCGCGAGCUAUGAUGCAAGUAUCAGGUGUUGGUGUUUGAAGACAGACAAGUGUGUGAUGGCGCUGUAUGGUCACACUGGCACUGUUAACUGCCUGGAUGUCCACGCUGACAGACUUGUUUCAGGCGCUAAAGACUGUCUAAUAAAAGUGUGGAGUCUACACACAGGGAAGCAUUUCGAGGAGUUUAAUUUCAAGCAUCCCAGUCCUGUCCAAUGUGUGAAGAUCAACGUAAGAACAGUCUACAGCAGCUGCGAUCGCGGCCUUGUUAAAGUAUGGGACAUGGAGAGUGCAUCGCUGUGUCGGGUGAUCGAUGCCCACAGGAGCUCGGUGAAGUGCCUGUUCCUCGACAAAUGGCACUUUUUAUCCGGAGACUCCAAUGGUCAGGUCAUGGCCUGGAGCAUCAACUGCGCUGCUAAACGGUGUCUUAUGACCUUCAACCACCCAAAGGAGGUUAAAUCUCUGACUCUCUUCUACCUGCGUGUUGUUACUGGCUGCAUGGAUGGAAAGAUUCGCAUAUUUAAUUUCCUCACCGGAGAUUGUCUGAGAGAAAUCACGGCAGAGACUGAAACAGGCCGAUUACUGUCUCUGCAUUUCCAUGACAACAGUAUAUUAGUGAACACGACGUCCAACGUGAAGCGCUACCAGUUUGCCAAAGUGUUCUGGGAAUACACAGAGUCAGCAGAGGGAGUUCAAGAUGACGUUUCUGAGAAAUCUGCAGCUUCGCUCAGAAAGCUUCCCCGCAUGGCAAAGGUGGCUUCACCCAGAGAGACGGAAGACUGUAAAAACAAGAAGCCGGAGAGAGCUGAGCUGCUUUACUGCCCAAGAUUUCUGUCUAUGCCCGCCAAAUGUCAAGCACAAGCCAGAGAGCGCUGCGCUACACAGUCGGUGACUCUGAGUGAGAAAGCAACGAAUGAACGGAUUAAAAAGAGGGGUCUUCACCAUCCUCUGACACGUGACUCCAUCGUCCUCAGGGUCAACGCCAUCCAGAAGGCGCAGUGCGCCGACGAAGUCAGCAUCAACAUGGAGUACAAUGCCAGGCUGCGAGAUUCCUGGGGUCCUCACACGUCUCAGGAUAAUCUAAAACAGUGUCCGCAGACUCAGACACAUCCACAGUGGCACACACACACUGGUCAUCUCAGGAGGGCCAAGACUUGUGUUCCAAUUUUAAAGAGACCCGUCAGUCGAAAUAUAUCAAACACAAUCCAGGGCAGAGCGCAGCCUCACAGCGCUGACACACACAGGGCAAACAAGAGAGCGAGUGGAUCCACUACAUGUCCCACAGAGCGGCCACGGGCUCCGGAGUGCAUGCCUGUGAGGUCGCUACCUAAUCCAGAAUGCCACGUGAAACCUAGUACCAGCUUGCCCAGGAUCAGCCCUGUGCGUCCAAUCAGAGAGCAGGAAGAAUUCAGACUGCUCACAGCGACCCAGCUGGAGGACUGUAUCCGGGCCCAGAGAAAUCUGGUGCAGAGCUGUGAGCACAAACUGCCCAAGAAGGAUAAGAAGCAGCAGAAAAUGUCACACGUGCAUUAAGAGAUGCAAAUGUAUUCUUAUUCUUAAUUUUUUUACGCUAUAAUGUGUCAGCAGAAGUCUGGAAAACUGGUUUUCUGUACGCCUUUGUUCAUGGUACCAUAUUUUUUAAAAUGUGAUGUUGCACAUAAAAUUCCACUAGGGGUCAGUGUUGUAUCAUCUGAUUGUGGCUGGUUAAUAUAAAGUAGUUCUUCAGUUUGCUGUCAGUUUCAUUUUUAUUAUUAUUAUUUAACUUUAACUAAAUCUGUUAAUUUGAGGUUUCAAACAGUAAGUUUGUAUUUUU